UUCAGAAACAACACGACCGAUCAGCGACUGUAAAUAACCCGCAAACUUAACAGUCACAAAGCUGUGUUUUUGGAUAUUUUACUUCAAGAGCUAGAUCUAGAAUAUCUCCACUGUGGUUGUUUGCGUUGAUAUGCUAGAGAAAGUGGUGUCUUCUUGAUCUGCUCGUUGAUACAAGACUAGCUUACCUCACGAUGUCUUCUGUGUCUGCAGGAGGCUUUGGGGCUCGGUCUGGUCUCUCAAGAAGUGGCAACAUCGUGCUGGGUGCAGAUAACAUCAACGCCAGGUCAAACGCUGACUUGACUCUUAGUUCUGGUCUGAGAGCCGGUCCUGCCAUAGGGGGUUUUGGAGAUCAGUCUGGUCUGUCUCGGAGCAGGAAUAUCGUGGUUGGUGCAGACAACGUAAACGCAAGAUCUAACGCGGAGUUGGCUUUUGGGGCUGGUGAUGGUUCUCUCAGAGGGGGGUUUGGAGCUCAGUCUGGUUUGUCUAGGAGCAGGAACAUCGUGGUUGGUGCAGACAACGUAAACGCAAGAUCUGACGCGGAGUUGGCUUUUGGGGCUGGUGAUGCUUCUCUCAGAGGUGCUGUGGGCCAGGGAGGUCUCAAACUGGUCUACGACAGUCGCUCUUCAGGACCCAGCUCCCUAGACGGUGCAGCCACCUAUGACGGCCUCCUUCUGACAGGCUCCAGGGAUAGCGUCGCUUCCGGAUACUCUGGAAACCCAGGGGGCUUUGACCUUGGUAACAGCGGCGUUGGCAGCGGCGUCUAUAGCAACAAUGGCAGAUUUUUUGGCAACGGCAGAGUGAUGCCAAGCGGUGGCGCGUUUUUUGAUGGAGGUGCCGCGGGCGUGAUGUCUGGGGGAGACUUGGCGUUCAGCAAUGGUCCUGUUGUGGGCGGAGCGGCUGGGUCGUCUGGGGGUGUACUUCUGGCCGGCAGCACCGGUGGGAGAGUCGGUUCUGGCGUCGUAGAAAGUCCUCGUCGGUCCUUCACGGGACUCGGUUCUGCCGGCGCUUUGUCCGGAGCAGGUUACACCGAUGCAGGCACAGUCGGUUCUUCUGGCUCGUCCUUGGCUGCGUCUGGCUCCGUUGCCGGUGCUGGUGUUGGCACUGGUUCUAGAAGCUUGCCCCGCGGUCUUGUUCUGAGUGCCGCGCCUUCUUCAGAUCUUGUCGGGGCUGCAGGAGCGGCUACAGCUACAGCUGCCACGUUGGCUAACGGAGCUGGGGUUGUCGUGAGUUCAGUACCUGCGGCAGCGAUCCUCAGUGGAACCGAUUCUGGAGUGUAUAACGGCGCUGGUGCACGUGGGGCAUCUUUGUCUGCUGCUGGUGCACGUGGUGCGUCACUCUCUGCUGCUGGUGCACGUGGUGCGUCACUCUCUGUUGCUGGUGCACGUGGUGCAUCACUGUCUGCUGCUGGUGCACGUGGUGCGUCACUCUCUGUUGCUGGUGCACGUGGGGCAUCAUUGUCUGCUGCUGGUGCACGUGGUGCAUCAUUGUCUGCCGCUGGUGCACGUGGUGCGUCACUCUCUGCUGCUGGUGCACGUGGUGCAUCAUUGUCUGCCGCUGGUGCACGUGGUGCGUCACUCUCUGCUGCUGGUGCACGUGGUGCAUUAUUGUCUGCUGCUGGUGCACGUGGUGCAUCAUUGUCUGCUGCUGGUGCACGUGGUGCAUCAUUGUCAGCAGCUGGUGCACGUGGUGCGUCACUCUCUGCUGCUGGUGCACGUGUUGCAUCAUUAUCUGCUGCUAGUGGCGCCGCCACGGCUGCUAGUGCAAGGGAAGGCGUGAUGUCCGGGGGAACAGGUGCUGAUGACUACACAGUAAGGGCCGCUGGAACCGUAGCAGGGACCAGGGCCGGGGCCGGACCCAGUGUGUCAAGUUCCGGACUUGGUGCCGGUUCUGGUCGUAAUUACGGUUCCGCGGCGUCGGUUGCAGGAUCGGGGGCAGCAGCAGCAGCGGGAGCUUAUGACAGUCCGGCAGUCAGAACGUCUGGCAGCGUUGAAGCAAGUGCAGCUGCUGGUGUUUAUAACAGAGCAUCUUCCGGGGCUGGCAGUACUGGGAGAUCCGGUUCUACCGGUUCUACGGGUGGAUCCGGUGCCGCUGCAGUAGCGGGUUCACAGUCUGCAGCUGCAGGAGGAGACUAUGUCGCUGGAGGCGCCACUUCCUCGGCGUCCCAAGCGGCGGGAAAGGCCUCAGGAGCUUCUGCUAAUGGGAGUGGGCGUGGUUCUAUGUCUGUGUCAAGAUCCGGAGCAGCAGCAGCAGCAAGCAGCAGCAGCAACAGUAACGUUAACGGAAACAUCAACAUCAGCAAUAACAAUGGUAACGGUAGCGGCACGAACGCUGGCAAAGAUUCUACAACUGCUUAUGGUACCGGAAGACAAGGCAACGGUUCCAACAGUUCUCCCGGAACCGGUUCCAAUAGAGUCGGGAUUGUUGGAGUGUCGGGAGGAGCUUCCGGUUCUGCAAGUAAUCAAUUGGACUCAACUGGAAGUCUAGUCAUUAAAAAAGACGAUGAAACCUUGACCUAUAAGUUUGGCGGGAGCCGUUCUUAGUCUGACAAAGCUCCGAAUUUUAACGCAGGCGUGUGGGUCUUUUUGAGUACGAGUUGCAGGAUCGAAGAUGAAACUUAACAGAACUACGUGACGACUAUUUGUGUGUACAAGUUACUUUGCCGAAGUGGAGCAGAUGAUUACAAGAGGUGACUUGCAAUCGUAACAACCGACACAGCGAGCGGGGGUGGGUUUUCUGUUUGUUUGUUUUUUAAAGCAGGAAGGGACAGGCAAAGAGGUUUUUAUUGUUCGUCUUCUCAAUGCCACGUACUUAUAAAACCACAUCGAGUGUUGACUCUUACAUACUAUGUGUCACAACACGGUGGAAUCAGGCGCUCGUCAAUUUUGGGGCUAAUGGAAUUAUUGACAUCAUAAUAUGUUCUGUUCAUUUGGCUUGUAUUAUAUGAUAAAAUUACCCAUUUAUGAAUAAUAAAAGCCGAGUUAUUGCCAAUUGAAGGAGGUUGGGGGCACCAGUCGUCAGAGGUAAAUUGACGAGAAAUAGGCUGCCAAAUUUUUGUGACUAUCAUAGUUUUGAAUUUUCUUCGAAACUGCAAAUUUACAUUUUUCAUGGCUUUCAACAAUUUUCGGUAAAAUCAUCCACACAUAUUUUUAAUAGACAAGAAAGGUGUUGAACUAAAAAAUAAGAAUUAAUGAAAACUGUGCAACGAACGGAAAAAUGUUGGAUUCUUUGAAUUUAUUUUUUGACGAAGGCCUGAUUUCAUCAUGAUGCCAAUUAUUUCUUUUUUCAGUCUUCGCUCUGUUUGACGUCUGUUUUGGCCCGUUUGUUGUCCAUGUUUUCUGAGCUAAAGCAAACUGACAGAGUCUUUUGGAAAGUCGAAGCCGUGACAUUGUAAAUAGAAUAUAACCAUUGUUGGGGUAUUUAUGUGUCAAUGGUUGAGGAGCAACAUUGCUCUUCCCUGGGCUUUUAAUAAACUUGCUUUUAAGGAUCACAAAA